AGUAGGAUUCGAACUCACAUGAUGUUAAACCAGUCCACCAAACUGGCGACUGACGAAUUCACCUCCGACGACUUUAUCAUCUGAUAUCCUGUUUAGCAGUUGCGAGUCAUGUUGAAACGGAUAUGCUCUUCGGCAUAUAUGCAUCGAGAUGAGAAGACCAAGCUCUGUCUGAAGGCUCUAAGUAGACAGAUACACAGUGGUCAGCCUCAUUGUUCAACAAGAAGCUUUUUUGGAGUAGAGGACUUCCUGGAUGAUGACAACAGUCGUCCAUACACCUACCAGAAAGAAAAGAAAUCCAAGAACCCAAACAAACACAUAUCCUUCAAACAACGUACAAUAGCUUACAUUGAGCCAUUCACACUAGAUGUUUUCAUUUCAAAGCGGUUCGUUUCAGCCUCUCUUACUCACAGAGUAACAAGCAAGCAAGUUGCAGUUGCUGGUACCAACUCAAAGGACAUCAAAGCUGCGCUUAAAUCUCGUUCAGAUAUUCCUGCUUGUAUGGCUAUCGGGAGGAUAUUAUCUGAGCGGGCUAGAGAAGCUGAUGUAUACACGGCUUCUUAUACUCCAAGAGAAAGGGAUAAGUUUGAAGGUAAAAUUAGAGCAGUAGUUCAAUCCCUUAUUGAUAAUGGUAUUGAUGUCAAAAUUUAUCUUGAUUAAAUUGACCAUGUAUAAUGACUUCACCUAGUAAAGUAAGGGAUGUUCUGCUUUUGUUACAUAAUGUUUGGUUAUCAGAUAGUUA